AUGGGUGCAUCCUCUUUGUUCUUUCUCUUCGUUGUUCACCCACUGGAGUUCCUCACUUUGCUCCGGUUCAAGCUCUUUCAUUCACCAAAACGUGACAUCACUGCACCUAGCGAACAUGUUUAUACCGGCUGGGAUCACCAAACGAUGCGCAGGUGUUGGGAGUUCUUAGACAUGAAGAGCAAAACCAUUGGCAGUGUCAUUAAGCAAAUAGAAGGAGAUACGGCGAGAAUUGUGUGCAUUUUUUACAUUAUACUGCGUGCUUUGGAUACAAUCGAGGAUGAUAUGACAAUCCCGGAAGAGCAGAAACAAACACUUCUUAGAUCAUUCGACGAGUUCGCUAUGCUUCCCGGAUGGACAUUCACCGAGAGCAGUCCAAAGGAGAAACUGCGACAAAUGCUCGUCGAAUUCAACGUUAUCCACGAAGAGCUUGUGCGCUUGGAUGAGCCAUACCGUGAGAUUAUACUCGACAUUACACGCAAGAUGGGAAAUGGCAUGGCAGACUACUGCCAGCGGGCAGGCGUCACCGGACAGCUCUACAUUGAGACGAUCGCCGACUUCGACCUAUAUUGCCAUUAUGUUGCUGGGCUCGUCGGCGAAGGCAUGACGUGCAUUUUCGCACAGUCCGGAAAGGAGGCGCCGUGGCUUCGCCAGCAGCUCGCGCUGGCAAACUCUAUGGGUCUAUUCCUGCAGAAGAUUGACAUCAUUCGUGAUUACCGAGAGGACAUCGAGGAAGAUCGAUUCUACUGGCCAAAGGAGAUAUGGGGUCGCCAAGUUUACGGAAAGGCUGUCGGGCGGCCAGCGUUCAACAAAAUGGAGGAGAUGUACCAGCGCGGCAAUGAGAGACAGGCGCUUUGGGUGCUCAGCGGCAUGAUUGUGGACGCAUUAAGACAUGCCAUCGACGCUCUCGACUAUCUGCAUCUCUUGCAGCGGCAGAGCGUGUUCAAUUUCUGCGCCUUCCCGCAGGUCGUCGACAUAGCUCGACUCUAUGUGUGUUACAUGAACAGCGAAGUCUUUCACGGGACGACGAACAUCCGAAAGGGGGAAGCUGCGUCUCUAGUCAUGCGAUCUACGAGCCCUCGAGACGUCGCCUGCGUAUUCCGUGAAUAUGCGUGCAAACUUCGAAAGAAGGCGAACUUGGAGGACCCCAACUAUGUGGAUCUUGUUAUCGAGCUGUGGUGUGAGCAUUACUAUCCCCCGAACGCCCCUGCGCCGCAGCCUGCUCUCGACGGCGCUGUGCCACUCAUAUUUGAAUCAGGCUCUCGCACAAGGUUGCUGGAACUCGAACGUAAAGCCGAACGGGACGAUAUGCUGGAGGCGCGUGCGCGAGAGAUCGUGACUAUCGGCCAGGGCCGAAGCUACGAUAUACGAGGUAGAGAUUCUGCUGCCCUCCCUUCCCAAAGCGUCGAGUGGAAUGAGGCACGUAAAUAUGGAGAGUGGGAGAGGACCAAACACGUAUGGCGUGCUUGGUUUAACGAUAUCGCGUGCUCGCAUAAAGACAUCAUGACGAACUUCACCUAUGUCACCAACAACUCUUCCGUAACCAUCCGGGUCAGAUACGACCAAGGCCCGACCCACGACAUUGAUCCAGGGAAGGAGGACCACGACGAGUAUUGGGUCCACACGGCCGAAGGCAUCUUAGUGGACGUCCCGGGACACAGUGGCCCUCGCAAGCACUUCACACUCGGAAAUGGCAGGAGUGCCAUCGUGCAGGACGGCAAUCCGCAUGUGCUAGAGGUUUGGCGUGCGCAGGCGAGUGACCAUUCGAAGAGGGAGCACCUCGUGGGAGACCUUCAGUACCAGUGA